AUGGCUGACGAUAUUGAUAUUGAAGAACACGAUGUAUUGGACAAUCCUUUGCUCAAGAAUAUAUUUCCCGAUAUCACGAGCAUAAAGACAGAAGUUAUAGAUUAUGAGGAUGAAGAGAAUGACGAAGAGGGUAUGCUAUAUAAUGGUGACGAAGACUUCUCCUAUGAUAUUCAGCAGACACACAAUCAAUCAAUGCUUGAGAGCAAGCCGAGUUCAUCUUCAACAUCGGGUGUCAACACUCCAGAACCACAUGCAACGAUUGACCGAAGAGAAUUGCAUUCCGACGGCCUCACCCAUCAUUGCAAUGAAUGUGACUUGAUGUUUCCUACCGAAGAAGCUUUAGAUGAGCAUAAAACUAAUAAUCAUUCAUACUUAGUCGCUGUUAGAAAGAAUAAAGCAUAUAAAAGUACCACAAAGGGUUCGAUAUUCAAUCGCAAGAUCAAAAUGGAACCUGACCCAGUCGAAGACAAGUCAGUGUUAUGCAGUUGUUGCAACGAAGUGUUCCCCGAUGAAGCUGCAUUCAUGAAACAUUCGUACAGCAUGAUGCCGGUGUGUUUUCAAUGUGAUUUAUGUGAUAUUGAGUGUGAAAGUGAAAUAGCGUUAAAGAACCACAAAGCUACUCACUCUAUAAAUGAUAAAUAUAUAUGCUGUCCUAUCUGCUCAUGCCAUUUCCGUAAUGGAAUGAAGUUGGGCAAUCAUAUGCGGAUAUUCCAUGGAUAUAAUGAUGAUGUUCCCGAACCUACAACUGCUGUGGACUUUGAUUGUGAAGCAUGCGGUCACUCGCUGCCAGAUUGCAAGCGAUACAACCAUCAUAUACAGCAUAAACAUCCAGAAUUAUACAACAAAGUUGUGGAUACCCGCAAAUAUCAGUGUUCGCCCUGCAAUCUCACUUUUCCAUCAGCAUACUCUGAGAAAAUACACCGCGCUGCCAAACAUUCUGUCGCAAAUGAGAAUUACGAACAGGAGUCUGCAAGCUCACAGAUUUACCUUCCAAUGCCAAUCGCUACAUUAUUCAAGUGCACAAAAUGCCACGUACACUUCUUAUCGUUCAUAAAGGCGGUUGAACAUUUCAAAACCUGCGAAAGCGAUGCCGGUGAAUACAAAUGCAAGAUAUGCAGACGCUUCCUCAACAGACCUGACAAAAUCGGACAUUUGAAACAGCACGAAAUGGUGGAGAAGUUGAAGGGGAUCAAAAUAAGAGAUGUCGAGAUUCAGAAUAAGAUAGUGUGCAACUGCCGCAAAUGCCAGAUAUGCUUCGAUGAACCUGGCUUUCAGAAAUGCCACACAGAUGUCUGUUUGCCGGCUAAUAGCGUGAAAUGCUCGUUAUGCCGGCUGAUAAUACACGAAGAUUAUAUGGUACAGCAUUCAAAAGCUCAUGCGACGGGCGUCAAAACGACAGAUUUCAUCGUCGUUGAUUAUAUGUGCUACGACGUGAAUGUACAGAAAGACCAAGUCCAAGAACAGCCAACGGUGAAAAUGGAACGAACAGCUAGACCAAAACACCUAUUUUACUGUCCAACCUGCAAAUGCUACCUCAAAAUCAACAGAACGGCUCAUGGACACAGUGUUGGCAAAUGUAAUAGGACUCUCAACAAAUAUCUGUGCAAACUGUGCGGUCUGUGUUUCACGGUUAAAGGCAUGAAGACUCACAAACGGGAACACAAAUUAUUCCCCAAUCUCAAGCUCCACGACUUCAUAUUCGUUUCAACUCAAACCGGAAGACAGAUAGAGCCUAAGUUUCCGGAAUUCAAGAAAUGCAAAGCCUGCAGCGUACAUUUCUUCGGCGAGCAGGCUAGACGAAGACAUUCAUGUUUCUCUGAAGUCCACAAAACUUGUCAAUACUGCCGCGAAAACUUCAGUGAUCUAGCUUACAAACUACACGUGCCGUUCCACAAAUACGGCGAUUGGGAUACCGAAAAAGGUAAUAUCCCAGAUAUACUAAAAACAUAUGAGUCUCUACAGACCAUGUGGAAUAUACUCUACUUAUGCGAAACUUGUGACACGAUAAUAGAUACAUACGAUUCGGUAGUAGAGCACGCUCAAGACCAUUUCUGCAACAUGGAAAGCUACAAUAAGACUAUAAACAAUUGUGACGUAUGCGAUCUCAGAUUCGUCGGCAAUUCUUUCGAUAGACACAAAGAAUUGCAUCUCGGAAAUAAUCUUAGAAAGAAUUCGUUCACAAUAUUGAAGUAUGAUUAUGAGAAGCUUCUAUCUGGUGAAUGGUUGAAAAUGUUCGCGAGCUUAGCCAAAGAACAGGUCAAUCAGAUAUUGUCUGGAAGCAUUUACAAAGUAACAAGGAACAUUAGAAUGGAAAUCGCCAUCGAUGGCCCGUUACAUUCGACGCUUUAUCGUUGUGGUGGUUGCAACAAUAUAAUAGACACAGAUUCUGUAGAGUCGCACGCUCAAAACAAUAAUUGCUCUAACAACAACUUCAAAUACAAUUGCGUAACCUGCCGACUGAGUUUUGCUACGCGGAACUCUAAAAUGGAUCACGAUUAUCUUCAUAAAACAUGCAAAUUGGAUGGAAAUUCAUUGAGGAUUAUUGAUUUUAAUCUGCAGAAAGAUUUCUACGUGAACGAUGUACUGCGAUCUAAAUUGCGUCCGGAAGGACUUAGUUUCAAAAGAUGUCAGCAAUGCGGAAAACUUAUACAGAAAGACAAAUUCCAAAAACACUGCGCAUUCCACGUCGAACAAAAACACAAGCUUAUAAAGAACCAACCAAAAUUUGUAUCAAAAUCCGCAAAGAAAAUGGUCCACACUUUCUACACUUGUAGGAAAUGUAAAGUUAGUGUUGUCUUUAAACAGACGAUCAACAUACACACAUGCAAGACUCAAGUUAGACUGGUCAAGUGUAAUAAGUGUGGGCUUAUGAUCAGAGCGUCCAGUUUGCACAGACACAGCCAAUACCAUAGAAAGUUCCCGAAAAUGACGGCAGCGGACAUAAAAAUAGUUUACUUCCAAAACAAAUGCAUAGAAGAUCCUAUGAAGCGAAAUGAAUUUGUCUUCUACCAAUGUACGGACUGCGAUUUGACGGUACACAGAGAGACUACAACCAAAAAACACGCGUGCAACGGCUCACUCAACAAGAAAUACUGCAAUAUAUGCGAGCUAUAUUUCCACGCUUCAAAUUUCAUGCAUCACGAAAAAAUACACGAGCAAAUGCCGUUCAGCAAACACGAUAUAAAACUUUUGCAGUUCAGGAACGGCGUUGUAUACGGAAAUGUUAAUCCGGAAAAGAAGAUCAUAAGCUAUAAGCCGAAAAAAGAAAACGUAUAUAUCAAGAAAAUGCGGAAACGCAAUUUAUUCUAUUGCCAGUUGAACCACGAAUUGUCAGACAGAGAAUUCUACCGUUCUAUAGCGGCUAGACUAUACAAGUGCGAUACUUGUAAAAUGCUAUUCAUAACCGGUUCAAGUCUGGCGCAGCAUCAGAAAAUAUGCAGCGAGAACAACACAGGCGUCGAAUGUAAAAACUGCGGCCUAAUUUACCACAUAACCGCUAUAAAACAUCACAUUACACUCCAGAAAUGCAAUCUCAAACCUCAAAUUAACUUUAUUUCGCUCAAAGUAAACGGUGAAACCUACAGCUACAGACGUGUUGUAUAUCUAUGUCAGCAAUGCAAUUUAUACAACAUAUCUUUACGAGGAAAUAUGUACCACCUUGAAGCUAAUCAUAGGGUAGGUAAAACGACCGUCAAAUGCGUGACAUGCAACAUUACAUUCUCAUCCACGAGCUAUAGAAACCACAUGAAGUUGCAUCAUUACAAGAAGAGAACCAGUUUCAAAGAUUUGGCAGUCGCCACGGUUACUAUAUUGAGUUUAGAAGACGCGCGCAAUGAUUUACCAAAUAGGAGUCAAAUCAAAUUGAUAGAUUACGAUUCCAUUGAAGAUACAGGUGUAAAUGUCGAUGGAAGAGCGAUCAAACGGAAACUAUCGCUCGAUGACGAAGAUUCGCAAGAAGAAACGAAUAAAUACCCUAAAAUCGAACCCAGAGCCACUACUAGCGAAGAGAUUUUGACACCUAAACCUAAAGUGCCGUUCAAUAAAAGCAGCCUUUACUCAUGUGAGGUGUGCGAUCUCAACUUCCUUCAUCCGAAAACCCUCAAACGCCACAUGGACAUAGGACGUCACGACGAACAAAGAUUCCUCUGUCAAGAAUGUAACCUAAUGUUCACGAGAAUAUCACUAACUAGACACAUGUACGUCCACGAGACGGUCGAAGAUACUAAUGAUUACAGACCGAAAUACAAAAACGAAUCUAGAACUAGGCGGAGCCAAGGAGAGAGCGGCGAGGAGAAUUCACAGAGCUCCAACACUUACAAAAUGGAAAUAGAGCCGAAUAUAUCAAUGGAAGAGCCGAAUAGAGUCGAAAGAAUAGAACCGAAUAGGGUGGAAAGAAUAGAACCGAAUAGAAUCGAAAGAAUAGAGCCGAAUAGAGUCGAAAGAAUAGAACCGAAUAGAGUGGAAAGAAUAGAGCCGAAUAGAGUGGAAAGAAUAGAGCCGAAUAGAGUCGAAAGAAUAGAGCCGAACAGCCAAGAAAAUCAACAGGUCAAGCUAUACAAGUGCGCAGCCUGCGACGUUUAUUACUUGAAAGAGGAUAUAUGUAUGGAACAUAUAUCAGAACAUGCGGCAUUAGACCCCACAGAGUAUAUAGCAUGCAAGAUGUGCGACUUACAGUUCCUCUGUGAAUAUCUCGGCUCGCAUAUGAAGACGCAUCGCGAUAAAACGUUCAACAUAGAUAAACUGAUAGUCGUAGAAUAUCAGAUUGUCGAUAAUAAUAUGAAAAUCGAUACGUAUUCGGCGGCAGAUAGAUUGAAAUCGAAAUUGGUGAGCACAACAACACAUUCAGAUACUGAGGACGAGAAAAACGAUAAUAUUGACUCGACGACAGAUGAAAACAAUUUCAACCAAUCAGCGCCCUCGAUUUCCGACCAAUCAGCGGACAGGCCUCAAAUGGAAUGCGGAAAUUGA